CGCUUCCUUUCUGUUCAUCGGACGAUGCAAGUGAGUUGUCGUGGGGCAUGCUUCGUGGGGGCGUUGGUCCUUACGGCUAUUGCAGGGCUAUUCAUGCUGCUUACUCCGGCGCUUCUUGCUCUGUACCUGUUUGGAAAGCGCGGCGAGGCUCUGUUCCUGCUCGCGCAACAAAUGGUCCAAGGCAUGUGGCUGGCAAACGUCGCCAUCCUGCUCGAGCAAUGGCAUGGCAUGUCGACGGAGAUAUACAUCAUUGGGGAUAAGUCACGACUGCCGUGCAUCACGUCGGCCGAACGUGCCGUGUGGAUUUCGAACCAUCGUACGCGCAUUGACUGGAUGUUGCUGUGGUCGCUCGGACUACGUACCAACACAUUGCAUCAACUCAAAAUCGUGCUCAAAGACUCGCUCCGCGCGGUGCCUGUGUUUGGGUGGGCCAUGCAAGCGUUUCAGUUCAUCUUCUUGUCUCGCGACUGGAAAAAUGACGAAAAGACGCUGACCCGACUCCUCACGCAUCUCGGCCGUACUCGACCCAAUUCGACCUACCUCUUCUUCCCUGAAGGCACGGACUUGAGUCCGUCCAACAUGAUCAAGAGCAAUCACUUCGCCGCCACGCGGGGUCAGCCGCCUCGAAGUUACACGCUGUACCCGCGGACCACAGGUUGGAAUCACAUGUUUCCUCUCGUCCGCGACCACGUCGAUGCAGUAUACGACUUGACGUUGUGCUUCGUCGACUACGAACCGAACGAACGGCCGUCAGAGGCAUGUCUUCUCACGGGGCGGAUGCCAUCCACGAUCAAGAUUCUUCUUGAGCGCAUCCCGAUUGAAUCGAUUCCCCUGGACGCGGCGAGCUUGCGCCAAUGGAUGGAAGAACGGUUCGCCGCAAAGGAGGCUGUGCUCCAUCAAUGGCACACCAAGCAGCGGCUGCCCCCCACAGCCGAGCGCAUCUUGGACCACGACAUUCUCCAGCGCGCGCACCUCGUUCAGGCAUUUUGGAUUCUCCUCUGCACCCUGUGCUACAUGAUGCUGUACCAGUACAUCGUCGUGCGAGUGUGCGGUGUGCUCGCCGUCAUCGCCUACGUCGUCAUCACACGAAAUGGCGGAACUGACGGCUUUCUCACGUCGCGAAAUGUCACGUAGUCGAUUCGCUCUCACUCGGGCCGAGCGCUUCGCCGUGGUUGAUUUCUCAACAGAGACAUGGAUCGACUUUUGAGCGUACAUGGCUUGUGCAAAACCGUUAAUCUUCGC